AUGGGGUCAAAACUUACGGAUAAGAAGCGGAAGUCGCGGGAUGUAGAGUCCGACUCCGAAUCCGAGGACGAGCUCGCCAAUGGCCUCUUCGAGGGCAUCCUUUCCCAGAGCGAUGAUGAGGAAGACUUCCUGCCUUCCGAUAACGACGACGACGAUGGUGAUGAGAGCGAGGGUGACGGGUCGGAUGCCGACGAAGAUGAGGAGGACGACGGUUUUUUGAGCGAUGACAUUCCCUCCGACGCCGACGGUGAGGCGGAAAUGGAGAAGCUUGUCAGACGGCAAGAGGAGCUCGAGAUCACCGAGCCGGGCGUUGACCCCAAACGGAAGGAUGGCGAUGAAAAGGAGAAUAAUUAUAGGAUUGAGAGGGACGCGAAUGGCGGGGAGCGAUAUGUCUACGACGAAAUCGACCCUGACUACGACUCUGACGACUCCGACGCGAAAGGCCCCGUCAACACAAUAGGAAACAUUCCCUUAAGCUUCUACGACAGCUACCCACACAUCGGCUACGACAUCAAUGGCAAAAAGAUUAUGCGCCCGGCCACGGGCGAUGCGCUGCAGAGUCUUCUUGACAGCAUCGAGGUGCCAAAGGGAUGGACCGGCCUGACGGAUGUGAAUACCGGCAACCCUCUCAACCUAACCCAAGAUGAACUGGAGCUAGUCCGACGUGUCCAGAUGGGUCUUCUACCGAAUGAACUCGAGGACCCAUAUCCCGAUACCGUGGAGUACUUUACGUCCAUCGAGGAGAAGAUGCCCCUAAGCAGCGCCCCCGAGCCCAAGAGGCGGUUCCUCCCUUCCAAAAACGAAGCCAAGCAAGUGAUGAAGUUGGUCCGCGCCAUUCGCGAAGGCCGGAUUCUACCAUACAAAACACCCGAAGAGCGCGAGCGGGAGGAGGAAGAACAAGAAGAGACACAUUUUGACCUCUGGCAGAACGAGGAACCACAAGCCCCUAACCCCAUGCACAUUCCCGCGCCCAAACUGGCACCUCCUGGGUACGACUUGAGCUACAACCCGCCAGAAGAAUACCUACCGUCCAAGGAGGAGCGUGAAGAAUGGGAGAACGCCGACCCAGAGGACAGGGAGAAGGAAUAUCUCCCACAAAAAUACAAUGCGCUGCGGAAGGUGCCUGGUUGGGGCACUUUGGUCAAAGAGCGUUUUGAGCGGUGCAUGGAUCUGUAUCUGGCACCACGUAUUCGGAAGAACAGGCUCAACAUCGACCCCAACUCGCUUCUCCCCAAGCUACCUUCUCCUGCGGAGCUCAAACCAUUCCCAACAGUUGUGCAAACCAUCUUCCGUGGGCAUGAAGGACGGGUAAGGAGUGUGUCAGUGGAUCCGACCGGCGUGGUUCUUGCGACAGGGGGCGACGACGGAACCGUAAGAGUGUGGGAACUGCUCACGGGCCGCCAAGUCUGGUCUGUCAAGCUGAAUAGUGAAGAGCCCGUGAACACAGUCCGGUGGAGGCCCACGAAAGAUGCCUUCAUCCUAGCCGCGGCCACCGGCGAGGAUAUCUUCCUGAUGGUCCCGACUUGUGCCAGCGUAACCCCGGCCCUCGAUCAAGCCAGCAGGGACACGUUGGCCGCCGGGUUCGGUUACGCCACGCAUGGCCAGCAACAGCAGACCGUCCCAGCCGGAAAGGAGCCGCCAGCGAAAUGGGCUCGACCAGGCACCAAGCUUGAAGACGAAGGCGUCCUGGUCAGGAUUACCGUGCGGUCCACGGUCAAGGUCAUCAACUGGCACCGGCGAGGCGACCAUUUCGCCACGGUGUCACCCACGGGGCAACGCAGCUCGGUGGCAAUCCACACGCUUUCGAAGCACCUGACGCAAAUACCCUUCCGCAAGCUGUCGGGCCUCGCGCAAACAGCUGCAUUUCACCCGCUUCGGCCGCUCUUUUUCGUGGCGACCCAGCGGACCAUCCGCUGUUACGACCUGCAGAAGCUGGAACUGGUCAAGGUUGUGCAGCCUGGCGCGAAAUGGAUCUCCUCCUUCGACAUCCACCCUGGCGGCGACAACCUCAUCGUCGGCAGCUAUGACAAGCGACUCCUCUGGCACGACCUAGACCUCUCCAACCGGCCGUACAAAACGAUGCGGUUCCACGGCGAAGCGAUUCGCCAAGUCCGGUAUCACAAGGGCGGGCUGCCGCUGUUUGCCGACGCCAGCGACGACGGCUCGCUGCAGAUUUUCCACGGGAAAGUGCCCAAUGACCAGCUUGAGAACCCCACCAUCGUACCGGUCAAGAUGCUCAAGGGCCACAAGGUGGUCAGCAAGUUGGGCGUGCUGGAUAUCGACUGGCACCCGCGCGAGCCGUGGUGUGUUAGUGCAGGGGCGGAUGGGACGGCGAGGUUGUGGAUGUAA